UUAUAAAAGUGAAACUAUACGAUAUAAAAAGAAAUGAAAGUAUUUAUAAAUAAAUCUGUUAAUAUUAAGUUCUUUUAUUGUUUUGCAAUGUAAUGUGUUUUAAAUUCUCAUGAACUAUUUAAAAUAAACUUUUUAGUUAUCUAUUGCUGUAUUCAUCGCAUUAUUCUAACAUAAUGACAGAAGAAUGUCAAAAAGCAGAAGCAGAUGCGGUUGAAUUUGUCAAUCGAGCCAUUGAAUUUGAGCAGCAAAAGAAUUAUGACGCUGCUAUUUAUUAUUAUAGAGUAUCUGCUCACACCCUUUCUGCCGCUUAUCUCUUAGGAUCCCAAAUUGCAGGCAUCAGGGAGAAAUCUGAUGAGUAUCUUAAACGGGCUGAUGAUCUCUGUAAAAUAAAGGCAGAAUGUAAUCUAAAUAAACCUGUAAAAAAUGAAGAAAGUCUGCAGUUAGAUAGAGCUGAAUUUCUAUUACGUCAAGGUUUUGAAGAAGAUGAAAAUGGCAAUGAUAAAGAAGCUACCGAACUCUAUUUACAAGCUGCUGAACUUUGUUUAAAAACAAGAAAGAUGACUAAGGACAAAGAUUUGCAGUUUAAGUUGUCAAAAUUAGCUGAGAAGGCUCUUGACAGGGCCGAAACUCUGAAAGCAAAAGAUGUUGAAUCAUCUCUUGAUAAGAAAUGCCCUCCUUGUCCGACCACACCUUUGCCAGAACUUUCAAAUCUCAAAGUGAAUGAAGUGCCUAACCAAAGACAAAUCUUAGUUAAUCAAACUCCUAGUUCCCCAGCACCACAGCAUCGUGUCACUGGAAGUAGUGCUUACACUAAAGAGGAAAUUGCUGUUCUUAGGGUAACAUCCAUAGUUAAUGGCAGAGAAUAUGUUCCAUUUAUGUCCAUAGAUCUGAAAGAAAGAUUUGCUUAUCCACUUCCAUUUAGUGAUAAAGAUGGUAAACUAGCUUUAAGUCCUAAACAGAAAAUUUCCUUUGCUAGGUGGGCUCGUCCUGAGGAUAUCUCCUCUAAACCUGUACUUAUUGAACUCAUUGAUUGUUUUAGUAUUAGGCAGACUAUAGUGAGUGAUUGCUCAUUUAUUGCCUCACUAGCUGUAAGUGCCCUUUAUGAGAAAAGAUUUUCUAAGAAGAUUAUCACUAGUAUUAUAUAUCCACAAAACAGAGCAGGUGAUCCUGUAUACAACCCUUGUGGAAAAUAUAUGGUGAAAAUGCAUUUUAAUGGAGUUCAGAGAAAGAUAAUUAUAGAUGAUUAUUUGCCAAUGGCGUCUCAUGGUGAACUUCUAUGCUCAUUUUCAAGCAAUAAAAAUGAAUUCUGGAUUUCAUUAUUGGAAAAAGCUUAUAUGAAAGUUAUGGGUGGUUAUGACUUUCCUGGAUCAAACUCUAACAUAGAUCUUCAUGCUCUGACUGGUUGGAUUCCAGAUAGAAUAUCAAUUGACUUAAAUGAUCCUACUUUUCCCAAGGAUGCUAUCUUUAAAAAGCUGCUUGAUAAACACAAAGCUGGACACGUGCUGAUUACAGUUGCUACUGGAGAGUUAAGCCAAGAUGAAGCAGAUAGGGCAGGUUUAGUUCCUACUCAUGCAUAUGCUAUGUUGGACAUUAAGGAAGUUAUGGGAACACGCUUAUGUCUGCUGAAAAAUCCUUGGAGCCAUUUGCGAUGGAAAGGUCGUUAUUCUGAGCACGACACAAAAAGCUGGACUCCGCAACUUAAGGAAGCUUUAAGAUAUGAUCCCAGAAAUGCCCAAAUGUUUGAUAACGGUGUUUUUUGGAUUGACUUUGACUCUCUACUUCAUUUUUAUCGAGUAAUCUAUUUGAAUUGGAAUCCUGAUAUUUUCAAAUACACUUAUUGCCUUCAUCAAGCUUGGAAAGCUGGAGUUGGUCCUGUUAAAGAUCUUUAUAAUAUUGGUGAAAAUCCGCAAUACUGCCUGGAUGUUAAAGCUGCAGGGGCUGUAUGGGUUCUUUUGACACGACAUAUUGUCGAUCGAGAUGAUUUUGCUGAAAACAAGGAGUUCAUUGCUGUCAUUGUGUAUAAAAAUGAUGGGCGAAAAGUUUACAUUCCUAAUGAUCCUGAUCCAUAUAUAGAUGGCGUUAGAAUCAACAGUCCACAUUAUUUAUGUAAAAUUAUUGUACCUCAGGGAGGGACUGCUCGAUAUACUCUUGUUAUUUCACAAUAUGAAAAAAGUACUACCAUAUACUACACAUUAAGAGCUUAUUCAACUUGUCCAUUUACUCUAUCAAAAAUAGAUACAACAUUCAAGUAUAAACAUGAGAUAAAGAAUGGUGAGUGGACUAAAGAGCUGAGUGGUGGUUGUCCUAAUAAUCCAUCAACUUAUCAUAACAAUCCUAUUUAUCAAGUCUCUUUGCAAUCGUCUUCUGAUGAAAGCACUUUAUUAAUCGACUUAAAGGGUCCCAAGCAAUACCAUGUUGGUUUUGAAGUUGUUACUGUUAGUGUAAAUAAUACUAAUUCUCCUCAUUAUUUCUCAAGAAAAACUUCUGGAGCUUAUAGGUCUGGAUUUUCCAUUUUAGAAAUUAGGAAUGUACCUUCUGGAAUAUAUAAUAUCAUUCCGAGCACUUUUUCACCAGGUCAGAGAGGGCCAUUUUUCCUCACAGUGCAAGCAACAUGUCCUAUUAAAGUUUCUCGAUUAAAAUGAAUUUAAUAUUAAAUGUUAUUAAAUGUAAUAAGUUUAUAAUUAUGUUAUUUAAAAAUAAAACUAUUUAUGUUUUGCUUA